AUGUGGGCUCUACGCUCGCUGCUGCGGGCCGCGGCUGGGGGCACCAUGUCGCAGGGGCCCGCCCGCCGCCAGCGGCCGGCCAAGGACGCGCUGCGGCACCUACGCACGCGGGAGAAGCGUGGUCUGUCGUGGGAGCCCGGGGGCCCGAACACCGUGUACCUGCAGGUGGUGGCGGCCGGCAGCCGGGACGCGGGCGCUGCGCUCUAUGUGUUCUCCGAGUACAACCGGUAUCUCUUCAACUGUGGAGAAGGUGUCCAGCGACUCAUGCAGGAACACAAGCUGAAGGUUGCUCGUUUGGACAACAUAUUCCUGACACGAAUGCACUGGUGUAAUGUUGGGGGGCUGUGUGGAAUGAUUCUCACUUUGAAGGAAACGGGGCUUCCAAAGUGUGUGCUUUCUGGACCUCCACAACUGGAAAAAUAUGUUGAAGCUAUCAAAAUAUUUUCUGGCCCACUGAAAGGAAUAGACAUGGCUGUGCGACCCCACUCGGCGCCAGAAUACAAAGACGAAACCAUGACGGUUUUCCAGAUUCCCAUACACAGUGAGCAGAGCUGUAGAGACCACCAAUCAGCCCAGAGACCAGAAAGACCUCUCGGCAGACUCAGUCCAAAGCAGCCUUCAAACUCUGGAUCAGCUGAAAAUGAGCAGCACCUUCCAGAUGGUGUUAGCCAGAAAAUGGAUGGCAGGGACCCUUCCUUGGUAGUAGCUUUUGUGUGUAAGCUUCACAUGAAGAAAGGAAAGUUCUUGGUGCUCAAAGCAAAGGAGCUGGGCCUCCCAGUGGGGACGGCUGCCAUUGCUCCAAUCAUCACCGCUGUGAAGGAUGGCAAAAGUGUUACUUUUGAAGGAAGAGAGAUUUUGCCUGAAGAGAUCUGUACGCCUCCAGAUCCUGGUCUUGCUUUUGUUGUGGUAGAGUGUCCAGAUGAAGGGUUCAUACAACCCAUCUGUGAAAAUGCUGCCUUCCAGAGGUACCAAGGGAAGGCUGAUGCCCCUGUGGCCCUGGUGGUUCACCUGGCCCCAGAAUCUGUGCUCUUGGACAGUAGAUACCAGCAGUGGAUGGAGAGGUUUGGGCCUGACACGCAGCACCUGAUCCUGAAUGAGAACUGUACGUCAGUUCACAACCUCCGCAGCCACAAGAUUCAGACGCAGCUCAACCUCAUCCACCCCAGCAUCUUCCCCCCGCUCGCCGACCUCCGCCAUCAGGGAGAAGGUACUGCCUUCCGCGUGCCCGCCAUGCGGGCUGAAUGUCUCCUCAAAUAUCAGCUCCGGCCCAGGAGGGAGUGGCAGCGGGAUGCUGUUCUUACUUGCAAUCCUGAUGAAUUCAUAGCUGAGGCCCUGGAGCUCCCCAACUUCCAGGAGAGCGUGCAGGAGUCCAGGAAGAGUGUGCAGGAUGGUCCCACCCCAGCUGAGAAAAGCAGCCAGUAUCCAGAAAUAGUCUUCCUCGGAACAGGGUCUGCCAUCCCAAUGAAGAUCCGAAACGUCAGUUCCACACUUGUCAACAUAAGCUCUGACAGGUCCCUGUUACUGGACUGUGGCGAAGGCACGUUGGGGCAGUUGUGCCGUCACUAUGGUGAUGAGGUGGACAGGGUCCUGGGCACGCUGGCUGCCGUGUUUGUGUCCCACCUGCACGCAGACCACCACACGGGCUUAUUAAAUAUCCUGCUGCAGCGAGAACGAGCUUUGGCGUCACUAGGAAAGCCAUUGCACCCCUUGUUAGUGGUUGCCCCCACCCAGCUCAUGGCCUGGCUCCAGCAGUACCAUUACCAGUGCCAGGAGAUUCUGCAUCAUGUCAAUUUGAUUCCUGCCAAAUACCUUCAGAAAGGGGCUGAGGUCUCCAGUCCCAUAGUUGAAACACUGAUUAACUCGCUGUUGGAAACAUGUGAUUUGGAAAAGUUCCAGACCUGCCUGGUUCGGCACUGCAAGCACGCGUUCGGCUGUGCGCUGGUGCACACGUCUGGCUGGAAAGUGGUCUAUUCAGGGGACACCAUGCCCUGUGACGCCCUGGUCCAGAUGGGGAAAGAUGCCACCCUCCUCAUACAUGAAGCCACCUUGGAAGAUGGUUUAGAAGAGGAAGCAGUGGAAAAGACACAUAGCACGACUUCCCAGGCUAUUGGAGUGGGGAUGCAGAUGAAUGCCAGGUUCAUCAUGUUGAACCACUUCAGUCAGCGCUACGCCAAGAUCCCCCUCUUCAGCCCCGACUUCAACGACAGAGUCGGAAUCGCCUUUGACCACAUGAAGGUCUGCUUUGGAGACUUUUCCACAGUGCCCAAGCUGAUACCCCCGCUCAAAGCCCUGUUUGCUGAUGACCUUGAGGAGAUGGAGGAACGCAGGGAGAAGCGGGAGCUACGGCAGCUGCGGGCGGCCCUGCUCUCCAAGGAUGAGCCUCUGAGCCCACAGAGCAAGAAGAGGGUGCCCAGGGAUGAGCCUCCAAGCCCACAGAGCAAGAAGGCCAGAGCCCAGUGAGGGGUCAGAGUGACGUGUGCGUGGGCGUGUCUGCUCUCCUGUCAGUCGAAGGCAAAGAGCAGAGCGCGACAAGGACAGCACUCAGGAGUAGACGAGUGAUGCUGUGCCCUGGCUGGGCUCUGGGACAAGGACCCAUCUGCCAGAGCCCCCCUGGGACCUGGGGAGCUGCGGGUAUGGAGGCUGCUCAGUGUACACAGCAAGUGUAACUAAUCCCCAUGCCAGUCUACCUUGGAAACAUCCUACAGAAAUCAGGGCGGCACGCCUCCCCUGCUCCAGUGAAGGUGUGCUCUCUGCACCGAGACCAGCCGCCUGCAUGGGGAGCUGGAAAGGAAGUCUGAAUGUCCAAGACACCCAAACACAAUAAAGAUUCAGUUUGGAA